CCCCUCCUCCCUCCCUCCCUCACCCCCCCACCCCACCCCUCCAGCCCCCCCACCACCCCUGACGAGACCAUGAUGCUCAGUAGCUCCGUGGACGUGUCCAGCCCGGGAGGGAUGAGCGCGGCGGCAGCCAGGAACGUGGUGCGCUCGUCCAGCAUCUCAGGGGCCAUGUACAGCCUGGAGAAGAGCCCCUGUGGAGGGGGACCCGAGGGCCCUGGGGGCCUGGCCGGCAACAAGAAGAGGCGCUCCAGUCUGGGGGCCAAGAUGGUGGCCAUUGUGGGACUGUCGCAGUGGAGCAAGAGCACACAGCAGCUCAACCAGCAAGACGGCGGCAACAAGAAGCUUCGCAGCACCAUCAGGCGGAGCACGGAGACGGGCAUCGCCGUGGAGAUGAGGAACCGGGUGACGAGGCAGGGCAGCAAGGUCACCGACGGCAGCACCAACUCUAACAGCUCCGACGGAACGUAUGUCCUGCCUGUCUGCCUCACCCCAGAAAGUCAGUUCAGCGACUUCCUGGAUGGACUAGGCCCCGCCCAAAUUGUUGGCCGGCAGACACUAGCCACGCCCCCCAUGGGGGAUGUCCAUGUGGGGAUGGUGGACAGGGCAGGGCAGCUGGAGGUAGAAGUCAACCAGCCAGAGGGAUUGACCCCCAAACCAGGCUCCAAGAACAUCCCAGCGACCUACGUGAAGGUGUACGUUCUGGAGAACGGCAUGUGCCUGGCGAAGAAGAAGACCAGAGUGGUGAAGAAGACUCUGGACCCAACAUACCAGCAACCUCUGCUGUUUGAAGAGAGUCCGCAGGGGGAAACGCUCCAGGUCAUAGUAUGGGGGGACUACGGGCGCAUGGACCACAAGUGCUUCAUGGGAAUGGCUCAGAUUCUACUGGAGGACUUGGACCUGUCAGCCACGGUCAGCGGCUGGUACAAGCUGUUCCCUACCUCCUCCCUGGCCGACCCCAGCAUCGGCCCCCUCACCCGCCGGCUGUCCCAGUCCUCCCUGGAGAGCGCCACCAGCCCCACCUGUACCUAG